AUGGCUUGGGGCUCGUUCACACUCAGUCGGGAGGGACGCAAGCGGCUGGCGACUGUCCUGCGGGCGCUGCUGAUCGUGCAGCUCGUCAUCUCCCUCCUCUUGGUGCUGUUCUGCUACAACGCCUCGUUCCGGGUCAUGUCAUUACUGAAGCAGGUGCACCGGUUUACUGUGUUCUUAUUCUACGGGCUGAUAGUGCUGCAAACGUACUGCAUGAAGCUGCAGUACACGAGCGGGCUGCGGCUGGUGUCGUGGCUGGUGCGCAGCCCGCACUGGCCCCGCGCCGACGUCGCUGUCAGAGUGUGGCUUGUCAGCUCCUCGCUCGUUGCUUUGAACGGCUUGCUUGUGUACGCUGCUUGUCGGGGCACGAUAAAGGCGCUCAUGAAGGAGCUAUCGUCAUCACUACGGGUCGGGAUUGCUCAGUACCUCACGGAACCCUCGUGGAAGUAUCUCAUUGAUACCAUGCAGAUAGAGCUAAGCUGCUGCGGCGUGGAACAGCCAAGCGAUUGGCACGAGAUCCCUUGGAUCAACCUGGACUUUCUCAAUGAGGACUCUGUUAUUGUUAUGAAGUUGGCGGGUACGGAUGGCAAACUGUUGCCGCCAGUGACGCCAUAUUCUUGCUGCAUGCCGGAAGUCCUUGUGGCCUGCUACCAUGACCCCUUCCAACAGGCGAUGUGGCGGGGCGCGUGGGCAGCGGGCCCAGCACUGGGCGGCGCGACGCUGCACGCGCGCGGAUGCGUGGAGGCCAUGCGGGCGCCGCUGGCUCGCACGCUGCUCGCGCUGCAGCUCUUCAACGUGCUCGUCUUAUUGCUCCAGGCGUCGGGCGGUCGCGUUGGGCCUAGCACCAUCUUUAUGGAAUGUCAGUUCACGUCCUCAGACACCGCGUUAUAG